AUGGGAAAGAAACAAAAAGACGACGUUCCGAACAUCAACAGUGUCGCCAAUAGAGACAUUAUCCAACGCCUUAAUUUUAUGUAUCAAGCAAGUGUUUAUUUGCAGAGUCUCAGUACUUCUGCUUCGACCUCGUCGACUUCGUCUGCAGACUCUAUGGAUCAAUCUGGCGUCCCUCCAUGCGAAGCUUCUGGCUCCAUAACCGAACCCUCAUCUCCCCAAAAAUCAGCCAAAGGAAAACGGAGACGCGUGAUCGGACGAAAGAAAACCGUGAACGAUCUCGCGCGGAGCUACGUUCACGCACUGAAGGUCGUCGGGCAGAAAACGACCGUCAAGAUGGAUCCAUCGAUAAAACGCACGUUAUGUAAAGGAUGUAAUGUCGUCCUCGUUCCCGGAUCCACGGCCUUUGUUCGCGUGAAGAGAUCCUCCUCACACGGACAUAGUGUCGUAUACACCUGCACAGGAUGCAAGACCUCAAGAAGGAUACCUGCACCGCCAACCGCACACUCCCCAUCACAACCAGAGCUAACGCAACCUCAAACACCCACCGCUACCCCCCUUCUUCAAGAAAUCCUUACUGCACACGAUCCCAGCCAACCCAAGGCGGAACUUCCUGCUACCAACGAGACUUUAGUACCACACCGCAAAUGCGAGAAGAAAGCCACUCUUCCACGUCUCCCUCCUCUCUUUGCGCGGCAGGAUGCAGGCCAUGUCACCUUUCGUGGGAACGAAAGAUUGCCUGAGAUAGAUUGGGAGAAAGGACAUGGGAUGUUCCUUGUAUGA